UUUGGUUCGGAUCAAAAUAGUUGCCGUAGUGUCCUUUUCGUUUAUAAAGCGUCCAUCAGGUUGUUCGACAUCUUCAUUCUUCUUUCCCCUUCACACCUCUCGCUCUGCGUUUGCUCCAAGGUCGUCGCCCAGCGCGUCAUUACAAGGACUUUUCUUCCGACACUGGUGUCGUCUCGUAUACUGGUAUCCUAACUUCGGUUCAUUCAAGCCCAACGUUCUUUCUUCAGCCACUUCAUACUUUCCUUACAUUCUUUCAACGGCGAAAUGUUCUCCAAAUCUUUGUGUCUUGUUUUGCUCGGCAUCUCAGUGUCAUCUACUUUCGCUGCACCCACUGUAAGGUCCAACGAUGCGACUUGUGAUGCUUCAGCGUCUGCUGUUGUGACCACAAAAACCGUUACAGUUACUGCUUCGUCAGUUGCGACCAACGUAGCUGUUGCUUCGUCUGGUGACAGUUCGUCAAGUUCGAGCUCGAAAUCUAAAUCGGGAUCUGGAUCGUCCUCAAAGUCUGGUUCCAGCUCAGGUUCUUCUUCUAGUUCAGGUUCUUCAGGUUCCGCUGCGUCGGCUGCGUCGGCCGCUGCUUCGACAUCCUCUGCAGCGAGCAGCGCCGCUACCUCUGCCGCUUCCACCAAUAAUGAUGCGACUGGUUCUGCCUCCACUUCCGGCGCUACUGGCUCCCUUUCUACCACCGAUAUCACCACUAAUGCAACAGCUGACAGUACCGAUCCUCAGUCCUCGUUAACCCUUGACCCUCGGGUUAUCGCAACUGGCUUCUUAAACAACGGACAAGAUGUUCAGGAAGCUGGCCAGGUUGCUUCGCUCACGUCAAACAACAAUUUUAUCAAUUACUGUUUGACUCAAACUGGGAUGCCUAUAACAAAUGGUCUACAAAUCACCACUGGUUCAUGUAACCCUGCUCCGAUCGGUACCAUACCAAGCGUCAGCAAUAUGCCGAGUGCUAAAUUCGAGUUCCCUACAAAUAUGGGAAAUGUGACCGGUAACACGGAGUUUACGAUCAAGCUUAAUAUGAACAACUUGGAUACCGGAAAUUUCGUGAACGCGAACGAGAACUACUUCGCUGCUCCUCAACAACUCAAUUCUAACGGUCAGAUCAUUGGUCACACUCACGUGGUCAUUGAGGCAAUAAACGGUCUUGCCGACACAACUCCCUCUGACCCGCAGAAGUUUGCGUUCUUCAAGGGUAUAAAUACUGCUGCUGUCAACGGUCAGGUCACUGCCGAUGUCACUUCUGGUGUCCCUGCUGGUACCUAUCGUAUCUGCACGAUCAACUCCUCCUCAAACCACCAGCCGGUCAUCGUACCGAUUGCCCAACAUGGAUCUCUCGAUGACUGUGUCUACUUCACUGCUGCUGGCGGUCCUGCUACUCCCCCUGCAUCCUCUGCGGCAGCCACUGCGACUGCCGCUGCUGCCUCUGCGAGUGCGGCUACUGACGCUGCCGCCGCCGCGGCGACCACGGCUGCUAAGUCAGGAAAAAGCAAGAAGAACUAAAUGAAGAGCGUUAAUCUUUAUACCCGUCGUUCCGCAUCACUUAGAUACUCAUGAGUUCACGUUAUUUCUCCGCACUUUCGUCAUUCAUUUGUUGUAUUCAUACUCGCUGCGCUGUGGUUGUGCAUUUUCCGUUGGGCCUUUUACUAUGUGCUGAUAGGUGUUUCUUGCCAUACCCGUAUGCUUGCAUUGUUUUCUUUCCUUCAGAACACACGCUACAUAGUCCUUGAACCCCCCUUGUUGUUCAUCAAGCAAUACAGAGCAUUGGUCUUCUUGAAGAGGACACUUG